UCUCCAUGAAAAAAUAAGCAGAAAUGGAGGCUUUCAAAGCUGUGGGUUUACUCAUAUUUGGAGCACUCAUUUUAGUGUUUAAACUGGGUUACUUCCUCAGAUUCAUUUGGAGGAGAGUAACGAAAAAGAAACCAUCUUCUCUUAUAUAUCCUUUAACUGAUAUAUUCCAAAAGGUAUCAUACAAAGACCUGUAUAAUGCAACAGAUGGUUUCUCGGUUGGAAACUUAGUUGCGGUUGGAGGUUACGGUUCCGUAUACGUAGGAUUUCUAAGACUAAACGAGCAGGAGAUAAUAACAGUUGUCGCAGUUAAAGUUAUAGAUCUUCAUAAAAGAGGAGCUCUAAAAAGUUUCAUGGCGGAAUGUGAAGCACUGAGAUGUAUUCGACAUCGAAAUGUCAUGAAGGUAUUGACUACUUGUUCUAGUGUUGAUUUUAAGGGAAACGAAUUCAAAGCUCUAGUUUUCGAGUUCAUGCCUAAUGGGAGUCUUGACAAAUGGUUGCACCCAACGGCAUAUCAUGGUCAGCUCCAGAGGUCUACAAAAAGAUCAUUGAAAUUUAUGGAGAGGUUAAAUGUAGCCGUUGAAGUUGCUUCUGUAUCAAAUUAUCUUCAUCACCAUUGCCAAACACCAAUCGUUCAUUGUGAUCUGAAGCCGAGUAAUGUUUUGCUUGACGACAACAUGAACAGUCUUGUCACCGAUUUUGGAUCAGCGAAAUUUCUUCAUGAAGAAAAGCAUGCGUACAAUACUUCAGUCGGAUACAGGGGCUCGGUUGGAUAUGCCGCUCUAGAAUAUGGUUUGGGUAAGAAGGUCACCACAAGUGGAGACGUUUACAGCUUUGGGAUCAUGUUGCUAGAGGUGUUUAUAGGAAGGCGACCCACCGACGGUAUAUUCAAGGAUGGCCUUACCCUUCACAGCUUUGCGAAGACGGCUCUUCUGAGGAAUCAAGUUAUGCAGAUUGUUGAUCCAACACUACUUGUUCUUUAUGAUGACCAAGUUUCGCUUAAUGGCGUAUUAAGCGCCUCACUGUGUGAAGCUUUGACAGGAAUUGUUAAACUUGGCGUCAUGUGUUCGGCUGAGUCACCCAAAGAACGGACGAAAAUGGAGAUGGUUGUAAAAGAGUUGCAAUUGAUCAAGAGUAAAUAUCUUUUGACAGCCUCAAUUAUUGAGAUUGAUUCGGCCAUCCGGCAAGGCGCGGGUGUAAGCUUGGUUGACUCGACUCAGCCUAGAAGUAUAAGGCAAGUUUGAAAACAAAUGCUUAUUCUUCUAGUAAAACUCUAAAUUGUAAGGGAAACUAGCCAGCUAGAUCCUAGAUGUUCAAGAUUAUGUGGUUAAAACUUAAAAGGAACAUCUUUUUGUUU